AACAAGGCUCAUUUCACUCCAACACACUCUGCCUCUCUCUCUGUAGGGUAUAGUAUGAAGAAGAAGAUGCUGAGAGCAGCUCUGCCAUUGCUGUUAUUGGCCUCUGUGCUGUUCACUGGGGCUGUCGCUGACAGCGGCGAUUCGUCGGUGGUGCCGGAGACCGUGCGCUUCGACACGGGAGGGCUGAGCCGAAAGAGUUUUCCCAAGAACUUCAUCUUCGGCACGGCGACCUCCGCUUACCAAGUCGAAGGCAUGACCGACAAGGAAGGCCGUGGCCCUAGCAUUUGGGACGUCUUCGUCAAAAUUCCCGGAGUUGAAGCUAAUAAUGCUACUGCGGAUGUUACCGUUGACCAGUACCAUCGCUACAAAGAAGAUAUUGACAUCAUGAAGAAGCUGAAUUUCGAUGCCUACCGGUUCUCAAUUUCAUGGUCCAGGAUAUUUCCGAAUGGAACUGGGAAAGUAAAUGAAAAGGGAGUUGCUUACUACAAUAGAUUGAUCAACUACAUGCUCAAAAGAGGAAUUACCCCUUAUGCAAACCUUAAUCACUAUGAUCUUCCCCAAGCACUUCAGGAGAGGUACUUGGGAUGGUUGGGCCAUGAAGUAGUGAAAGACUUCGCAGAUUAUGCUGAUUUUUGUUUCAAGACAUUUGGAGACAGAGUGAAGAAUUGGAUGACGUUUAAUGAACCUAGAGUUAUAGCUGCUCUUGGAUAUGACAACGGAUUCUUUGCCCCUGGCAGGUGUUCUAAAGCAUUUGGAAAUUGCACUGCUGGAAAUUCAGCAACUGAACCUUACAUUGUUGCUCACAAUCUGAUCUUAUGUCAUGCUGCUGCAGUUCAGAGAUAUCGUGAGAAGUAUCAAGAAAAACAAAAGGGAAAAAUUGGCAUUCUAUUGGAUUUUGUGUGGUACGAGCCUCUCACAAGAUCGAAGGCCGACAAUUAUGCUGCUCAAAGGGCAAGAGACUUCCAUAUUGGAUGGUUCAUCCAUCCCAUUGUAUAUGGCGAAUACCCAAAAACAAUGCAAAACAUUGUCGGUGAUCGGCUGCCCAAAUUCACGAAGGAAGAAGUUAAGAUGGUGAAGGGAUCAAUGGACUUUUUGGGUAUCAACCAAUACACUACUUACUACAUUUUUGAUCCCCAUCAAGGCAAACCGAAAGAUCUGGGCUACCAGCAGGACUGGAAUGCUGGAUUUGCUUAUGACAAGAACGGAAUUCCAAUUGGGGAUAGGGCAUACUCGUAUUGGCUCUACAUUGUACCACAUGGUCUCUACAAAGCCGUGACUUACAUAAAGGAGAGAUACGGGAACCCCCCAGUAUUUUUGUCCGAGAACGGCAUGGAUGAUCCCGGCAAUAUAACCCUUCCAAAGGGCUUGCAUGACACCAAGAGGAUCAACUUCUACAAGGCGUACGUGGGGCAACUGAAGGCGGCAAUGGACGAUGGGGCAAAUGUGAAGGGUUACUUCGCGUGGUCGUUGCUGGACAACUUUGAGUGGAGGCUGGGGUACACUUCGAGGUUUGGGAUAGUGUAUGUGGAUUUCACGACCCUAAAGCGUACCCCAAAGAUGUCGGCCUACUGGUUCAGGAAACUACUCAGCAGAAACAAGCACUAGAAUAAUACCCACGACUAGCCUUAGCCUAGCCUAGAGGAAUUAGCACGCACGUAUCGUGAUUAGCAUAACGCUUUGUGAUUAUCCCAAUAAAUAAGAUCAAGAUGUAGUGGUAGUAGUGGGUAGCUCUAUGCCACCCUCCUUUAUGAUCAUCUUCGUAAAUAAGAACACUACAUCUUUGUAAUUAAUUAGUUUGUUCUAUCUAUUAUUGUUUAUUUGUAGUUAA